UGUGCCUGAUCAAAAUCACGGAACAACUAUUUCAUUUGCAAGCAUUUUAUACACCAUGAUCAAAGUUUUAAUAAACCAAGAUCAAGAAAUCAAGAAGUGGAAAUGAGAUAUUGCCCUCAUUGUUUUAUCUUGUAACAUUUAAAGGAGUUGCACAUAAUGUUUGCCAGUGGCACACAGAAGCACCACUGGAUGUUUCAUAGCACUGAGGAGAUAGUGUUGCUCCGGCAGGAGGCUAACCAGAGAUUUGUUGGGGACUUUGGCAAGGGCAUGGACGAACAAACUAGAGACAAAACAUUUUUAACAGCUGAGGAGGAAAAAUUGAUGAUGCAGCAUUUUGAAUUCAUAUUGAGGGAGUUUUGCAAGAAGUUUCAACCCACUAUGCCAAAAUAUGUACAGGGUACUGCAUUGACCUACUUCAAGAGGUUUUACAUUCACAACUCAAUCAUGGACUACCAUCCCAGAGACCUGAUGUUGACCUGUGUCUAUCUCGCCUGCAAAGUGGAAGAGUUCAAUGUGUCCAUUAGUCAGUUUGUGGGCAAUCUCAAGGGAGACCGUGACAAGUUUGCCAACAUCAUCCUGGGCUUUGAGCUACUGCUGAUGGACAAGCUGCACUACCACCUCACUGUGCACAACCCCUUCAGGCCCCUAGAAGGAUUUCUUAUUGAUCUCAAGACAAGGCAGUUCAAAAACAAGCCAGAUGAUGUGGAGAGGCUUAGAAAGAAUGCAGAGGAUUUUGUAGAGCGGUCCCUAGCCACGGAUACAUGUCUUAUAUUCUCACCCUCCCAGAUUGCUCUGGCUGGGAUCAUAUACAGUGCUGCAGAAAGUAGAGUCAGUAUUGACAGUUAUGUUACAGGUGUCCUUAUGCAAAAAGCUCCAAAUGAAGAAAUCAAGAAAAUGGCAAAUCAGAUAAAAAAGUUGAAGCAGAUGGUGAAACAUCAGCCCUCGCUGCAGAGGGAUCUGAUAGGACCUGUCCAGAGAAAACUUGAAGCCUGUCGCAACCAGGCCAAUAACCCAGAGUCAGACACGUACAAACGCCGACUGGAGGAAAUGUUUGAGGAGGAAGAGGAAGAACGAAGUCGUAAACGUCAGAAAGUGACUGAGCAGGAACAGCGUGCAAUAAGCGAACUGCUUGGAAAUGAGUAAACAUGACUCUCGGUUUAUUUUCAAGCAGUUUAACAUAACCAGGUUUAGUCUUAACCAGGUUUAGUCUUCUUACUGUACAUUUAGGAUGUUCAGUGGCCAGUUGCUAGUUAGAAGUGAAGGAUUGACACCAGCUUGAGUCUUUUAUUUCAUGUGUAAAACCUUUCUCUUGAAGUUAAAGUUACAACUCAAAAUAUAAUUUAUUUAUUUUUGUUGCAAUUAUAUUAAUUAAUCUGAAAAACAGUUUAAACAUGGCAUUUUUUUUGUAUAGCAAUAAAAAAGAAGUAAGUUCUGGGAAAACUUGAUGUAUACAGUAAUUUCCUAGAUUAGCCUGUGCGGUCAGAAAACUUGAUGUAUACAGUAAUUUCCUAGAUUAGUCUGUGCAGUCAGAAAACUUGAUGUAUACAGUAAUUUCCUAGAUUAGCCUGUGCGGUCAGAAAACUUGAUGUAUACAGUAAUUUCCUAGACUAGCCUGUGCGCUCAGAAAACUUAAUGUAUACAGUAAUUUCCUAGAUUAGCCUGUGCGGUCAGAAAACUUGAUGUAUACAGUCAUUUCCUAGAUUAGCCUGUGUGGUCAGAAAACUUGAUGUAUACAGUAAUUUCCUAGAUUAGACUGUGCAGUCAGAAAACUUGAUAUGUACAGUAAUUUCAUAGAUUAGCCUGUGCAGUCAGAAAACUUGAUGUAUACAGUAAUUUCCUAGAUUAGCCUGUGCGGUCAGAACACUUGAUGUAUACAGUAAUUUUCUAGAUUAGCCUGUGCGGUCAGAACACUUGAUGUAUACAGUAAUUUCCUAGAUUAGCCUGUGCAGUCAGAAAACUUGAUGUAUACAGUAAUUUCCUAGAUUAGCCUGUGGGGUCAGAAAACUUUAUGUAUACAGUAAUUUCCUAGAUUAGCCUGUGUGGUCAGAAAACUUGAUGUAUACAGUAAUUUCCUAGAUUAGCCUGUGCAGUCAGAACAAGCUUGAUGUAUACAGUAAUUUCCUAGAUUAGCCUGUGCGGUCAGAACAAGCUUAUCAGGGAUAAUACUUUUCACCUGGACUUUGGUUAAGAAGUGAACUCUUUUAAUCAUAAAAUAUUCAUAGGUAAAGAGUAAUCCCAGAUAAGCCUGUGCAAACUUUACAUGCUUAUCUGAGACGACACUACUUUAAGCACAUGCAUUAAGCCUGCUAUAGUCAGAAUUACCGCUUGCGUUUUUGAAAAAAUGUGCUUCAGAUUUUCAGGAGAUAAACAAAUAGCAACAGAAUCUCCAGUGUUAACUGUAAAAGUAAUGAGACUAAACUGUUUAGUAACAUUAAUUAGGAUGUAUGUCCCCCACAAUUGUGUUCAAUAUCUCUGUAUUAAGAAACUCUUCAGUUCCAUAACAAUCAUUGGUAAAUCAGGUGAAUAGUGUGUACUAUAGAGUUAUCAUAGAAACAUUUGUUAUUGUUUGCAUUUAUUGUUCUACUGUGACAUAUUUGUGUUUUGUAACAUUUUUUUUCUUAAAGAUGAAAUUGAAUGCAACAAGAGCAUAGACAAAAACUGUGGCAAGUGUACACUUAUUUGGAAUUUGCAAUUUUAUUUUGUUUGGCGGUUAUGGCUUCUAUAAAUACAUUUCAUAAUGUGUGUUAAUAAUAUCUCUCAAAGCUUAUGAAAGUGGCAUUCUGCUCUGAUGGUAUUUGUGGUUGUUGCUUGUUACAUGGUAUUAUUGUUUAACAAUAACUGUGCCUCUGUGUUCGAAAGUGCUAAACCAUUAGGUGAUUUCAAUGUCAUUGAGAAACAUUUUCUGUUAUUUGUGUUCGGUUUAAUCUGUAAUGAAUAAAGGGACAUUAACUUGAAA